AGAAACAAAACCAAAGUAUGGUGCAGGCUUCUUGACAAAGAAUUGACUUCAAUAACGCGGUAAAGUUAUCAGAAAUAAAUCAAUAUGAAGUUGUUUCUAAUAUUAAUGUUUUGUCAGUUACAAAUUUUAUGGAGUAAGAUGGACCGAACGUGGUGGAAAUACACAACAAUGUAUGAAGUAAACUUGCCAUCUUUCAAAGAUGGUAAUGGCGAUGGGACUGGCGACCUGAAAGGAUUAAUUUCAAAACUGGAUCAUUUUGUCGAUAUUGGCGUUGAAACAGUAUACAUUUCACCUCAUUAUGAAUCCCCAAUGUACGAUAGUGGCUACGAUGUCACGAAUUAUACCUCAAUAAAUCCCUCAAUGGGAACAAUUGAAGACUUUGAAACACUGGUUAAAGAAAUGAAUUCUAAAGGACUUAAGUUGAUUAUCGAUAUCAUAUUAAACCACUGCAGCGACGAACACCCUUGGUUUAUAAAAUCAGUCAACAAAGAAGACCCUUACACAAAUUUUUUUGUAUGGAAAGAGCCAAAAGGAUACGAUGCCAAAGGUUCACCACUUCCACCCAAUAACUGGCUGAAUGUGUUCGGUGGAAGUGCUUGGAGCUGGAAUAAUCAGAGGAACCAAUUUUAUUAUCACCAAUUCUCCCCCAAACAACCAGAUUAUAAUUUACGUAAUAAAGCAGUAGAAACUGAAAUAAAGAAAAUUCUCGCAUAUUGGUUAAAUAAAGGUGUAGCUGGAUUCAGAUUGGACGCUGUGCCACAACUUUUAGAAGAUGCUUUAUUCAGGGAUGAACCAGUUGCUUCGCCGGAUAUUAAAGUUCCGUUCAAGUAUCUUGAUUUAAUACACAUCUAUACAAAGGAUCACCCAGAUACGUACACGUUUCUUUCCAAACUGCGAAGGUUUGUCAAUAGAUUUGCCAAAAAGUGGACAGAUUUUGAAAGGGUUUUAAUCGUAGAAGGUUAUUCUAAACUUGAAAAAUUGAUUGAAUACUAUGGUACAGAAAAGCACAAAAUCAUACAUGUUCCAUUGAAUCUGCAUCCAGCACGAGUAGUCAAUCAUGAAAACGCAUCAUUCUAUCACAAUAUUAUUACUGAUUACUUGAAUCGUUUACCAGAGUGGGCCACUCCUUCGUGGAAUAUAGAAAAUCACGAUACGUUUAGGAAAUCAUACGUGCUACACGAAGAAUUCGAAUUCAUAGGUGCUUUAUUGGUAAUGAUGUUACCGGGUUUCGCAUAUAUUUACUAUGGACAAGAAAUAGGAGCAACUGGGUCCAAAAUCAGAUCAGAUCAAAUACUGAACAAAAUUGAUGAUUUCUUUACACAAGGAAAACGAGAUUUCUCCAAGCUUCCCAUGGCAUGGGACGAUUCGUUGAAUGCAGGAUUUUCAACAAACCGUGACUUGUACUUGCCAGUAAGUCCCAAUUAUUGGAGAAUCAAUGUAGAAGACCAAAAAAAUGAUGAAAACAGUUAUUACCACAUGUUUAAAAAAAUGAGCAAUUUAAGGAAAACCAAUAUAUUCAAGUACGGAGAUUUCAAGUCUUAUGUACUUUCCACAUGGGUAUACGCAUUCGUGAGAACAUUCAGAAACGAAUCCUACAUUGUAAUUUUCAAUUUCGGCAGCGAAAGUGAAUUCAUCGACCUUCACAAUGCUAUAGAUAAUUUGCCUGAGUUUUCAACCAUUGAAAUUGCCAGUCCUAACUCUGGUUAUAAAGUUGGCGAUGUAAUGCCAACGAAACAAAGAAUUCCAAAAAUAUUAAUUUUGAGACCAUCAGCAGCAUUAGUUCUCAAAACGUAAGAUCCCAAUGAGGCCUUCAACAUGGGGGAACUAUUUGUCAGAAGCAGACAAAAAAAAUACAGCAGAUUUCGCGAACCACCAGCUUACGCAAUUCAUAGACCAUUCGUGAUCUAGGAAUAAAUAUUUCAAUGUUCCUACUUCCUGUAGAUAGUUAGACACCUACUUUGCUCAAAUACCUACUUGAAAUAAAAUCGUUCGUGUUUAGAUAAUAAUUGAUGUUAUUUUUAUCCAAUGUAAUGAGAUUAGAUUUACAAUUUAAAACUGUUACCAAAAAUUAGGACACAACGUCGCUACAAAUACAUUUUGAAAUUUGA